GGCUGCUGCCCGACUCCCCGAGGUCCAGGGUCGCGAGCUCUCAGCCCUUUGCUCCUUCCGCUGCUAGGGGACCCGGCAGCUGCGCAGCCUCCACCGCUCUUGGCUGCGGGGGCCCUGCGAACCAUGUCGGAAGAGAACGACAUGGAGAAAGCCAUCAAGGAGACCUCCAUUUUGGAAGAAUACAAUAUCAAUUGGACUCAGAAGCUGGGAGCUGGAAUCAGUGGUCCAGUUAGAGUGUGUGUAAAGAAAUCUACCCAAGAACGGUUUGCACUGAAAAUCCUUCUAGAUCGUCCAAAAGCUAGAAAUGAGGUACGCCUGCACAUGAUGUGUGCCAUACACCCAAAUAUAGUUCAGAUUAUUGAAGUGUUUGCUAACAGUGUACAGUUUCCUCAUGAGUCCUGUCCCAGGGCUCGACUCUUAAUUGUAAUGGAGAUGAUGGAAGGGGGAGAGCUAUUUCACAGAAUCAGCCAGCACCGGCACUUUACAGAGAAGCAAGCCAGCCAAGUAACAAAGCAGAUAGCUCUGGCUCUACAGCACUGUCACUUGUUAAAUAUUGCGCACAGAGACCUCAAGCCUGAAAAUCUCCUUUUCAAGGAUAACUCUUUGGAUGCUCCAGUGAAGCUGUGUGACUUUGGAUUUGCUAAAAUUGACCAAGGUGACUUGAUGACACCUCAGUUCACCCCUUACUAUGUAGCACCUCAGGUUUUGGAGGCGCAGAGAAGGCAUCAGAAGGAGAAGUCCGGCAUCAUACCUACCUCGCCAACACCCUACACUUACAACAAGAGCUGUGACUUAUGGUCCUUGGGGGUGAUUAUCUACGUGAUGCUAUGUGGAUACCCUCCUUUUUACUCCAAACACCACAGCCGGACUAUCCCAAAGGACAUGCGGAGAAAGAUCAUGACAGGCAGUUUUGAGUUCCCAGAAGAAGAGUGGAGCCAGAUCUCAGAGAUGGCCAAAGACGUUGUGAGAAAGCUCUUGAAGGUCAAACCAGAGGAAAGACUCACCAUUGAGGGAGUAUUGGACCACCCCUGGCUCAACUCCACCGAGGCCCUGGAUAACGUGCUACCUUCUGCUCAACUGAUGAUGGAUAAGGCGGUGGUUGCAGGGAUCCAGCAGGCUCAUGCAGAACAGUUGGCCAACAUGAGAAUCCAGGAUCUGAAAGUCAGCCUCAAACCCCUGCACUCGGUGAACAACCCCAUUCUAAGGAAGCGGAAGUUACUUGGCACCAAGCCCAAGGACGGCCUUUAUAUCCAUGGCCAUGAGAAUGGAGCUGAGGAUUCAAAUGUUGCCCUGGAAAAGCUUCGAGACGUGAUUGCCCAGUGUAUUCUCCCCCAGGCUGGUAAAGGAGAGAAUGAAGAUGAGAAGCUGAACGAAGUAAUGCAGGAGGCCUGGAAGUAUAAUCGGGAAUGCAAACUCCUGAGGGACACUCUGCAGAGCUUCAGCUGGAAUGGUCGUGGAUUCACAGAUAAAGUAGAUCGACUAAAACUGGCAGAAAUUGUGAAGCAAGUGAUAGAAGAGCAAACCACUUCCCAUGAAUCCCAAUAAUGACAGCUUCAAACUUUUUUUUUUUUUUUAGCAAUUUGAAAAAUUAUUCUUUAAUGUAUAAAGUAAUUUUUAUGUAAAUCAAUAAAUCAUCAUUUCAUUUCCACAUUGCUUAACAUUGCUAUAUAGAUUUAUGUACGGGAUUUACUAAUAGUAUAGUUAUUGUUUUAGAGAAGCUCAGUUUCUAGAGGCAUACUAUUAUUUUAGGACAUAAGGUCUUAUAUUUAUAAGAUGAUAGGUGGAAUUGUAUCUGUCAGUCAAGCAAGAUUAUCUUCUUUCUAAUAAAGUAAAAGAAAUCACA